AUGUUAACACGUUCCUCAAAGAAAAAAAGUGCGGACUCUAGUUCUAAAAACUUCUCCCCUUCUGCACCUAUCAUUACAUUUCCAGAACUUGAUCGUGAAACACAGCCAAGAAAACGCGCUCGUAUUAAAAAUGAUCCAAUAACUUCAGAAUCUACGUUAAUUAACUUAUCGCCAAACAAUUCAAAUAAUUCCAGCAAUACUAACAAUUCUAAUAAUUCUAACGGAAAUACUGUUUCCACAAUUUCAGAGAAAAAGAAGGCUCCAAGAUUAAGAAUCGUAACAAGCGUUGGUCCACAAGAGCUGAUAUUUCGUAAUUUUCGUCUUCGAAGAAUUGUUAAAGAAAAUCACGGUCAUGACAUCAAUCAAUUAGCAUUCUUUUUCAAUUUGAACCAUUAUUCUGCUCCGGUUGGUGCUCAGUACAAGAAAAAAUUUAAUAAACUUGGACAUGUUGAAAGAAAUGUUAAAGACACUAGUAACAUUUUGGCCAGUGUUGGCGAUAUACAGGCGAAUAUUUAUGACAAUGAGCAUUGCGGUGAUCAUUUGGAUAUUAUGUCAAAUUUCGUUGUGGGAGACAAUAUUAACUUGGAGUCAAGUGAAUUAAUGACAUGUUGUUGGUUGCAUCGAGAUGGUGAUGCAUUACUUGCUUUGGGUGGAAAAUCACGUGUCAUAUAUAUUGUCUCGAUCGCACAAUCCAGUACUUUGAGAACAUUAUGGGGACACACUGAUAGCGUUACGGAUAUUCAAAAGUAUCCUAAAGAUGAUCUGCAUAUAUUAUCCGCUUCAAAAGACUCGACUGUACGACUGUGGCAUGUCAAUAGUGGACAAUGUUUAUACAUAUUUCAAACUAAAGCAUCAGUGACAUGCUGGCAUCCAUCUGGUGAAUCAUUCUUGAUCGGAAGUUAUAAUGGUGAGAUUAGAAUUUGGCAAACUCCAGAUUUGAUCACGCCACCAACAGAACCAUUAAAUAUAUCCGAAAAUGACGUUGAAACACGAAGUAGAAAAUGUAAUUCAAGUCAAAUAGGUUAA